AUUCAAAAAUAAUAAAAAUCAAAUAAAAAAAUAAAAGUUUCGGUUAGAAUGUAUUGUACCUUUUAUUCAUGUAUUACUUCAUUAACAUUAACCACCUUCAAUGUUUUAACACAAGCAAUAGUGAUUUUUCCUGGGUGGCCCUAUGUUUCAACCAUUCUGAUAACAGAGGUUUUAUCUACCAUAGGUAAGCAUAAAAAAACUGAAGUGGGUGUGUGUAAUGGUUCUCAAGUUACAGGGCCUAUAAAUAUGCGAGUCUCAUAUUGAGCACAACAGUGUCUGCCGCUGCCCGUGAACAAGGACGUGGAACCUUAUAAAAUGAGACUGCUAGUGGUGUUAACCUGUCUAGUGGCAGGGUGCCUGGCACAGAAACCUCACCCAUGUGCAAGUCCUCCUCUCCUGACUGGAGCCCUCACUGUGUCCACACAGAAUGAAAAGCUGUCGACUUUUACUCGAUACAUGUAUGAUGCACUUGGACAGCGGACAAGGUUAAUGGAGUUGGGGACAUAUGAGAAUAAGUCAUUCACCUAUGAUGUGCUGCUGCUCUUCAGGGAGGCUACCAUGUAUGAGAUUUCUUAUAAAAACCGCACAUGCAAGAAGAAGCCCCUGAAGAUAGACUUCCAGCCCCUGGCCAUUCCAAAGACUGCUUCUUUCCUGGGCCAGGCUAUUCUGGGCAGUUCAUCUGGACCCGGACAAGGACUUCUGGUCAACACCUGGACAGGAGAUCUGCCCAACAAAGCUGGAAAAUACAUGAGCACAGUCACUGAAUUCGGUUGCAUUCCUAUCUCCACUAGUUAUCAAACUGAUCAGUUUGGAUGGGUAGUGACAAGCUUCUUCGACAACGUCAUUGGUAUUGCUGAUCCUGGCCUACUCAACCCUCCAGAUUUCUGCCCAGAUGAACAGGCAGUGGAUAGUGGAAUGGAGCCAAUUCUUUAACAAAAUCAUCAGAUUAGCAGAUCCCGAAGAUCUCCGUUCCAUAGAGGAAUCACAUGGAGGAAUGAUGAUGUGGAGAAUGAAGCAACCAUACUUAUCUUGCUUUGAAAUGUCAUUUUUGGAAGACAAUGCAAUAAGAUUCAUUUAAAAUGUUCAGUUGUUGAUCUGGGUCAUUAUCUCCAAUAAGAUAUGUAUACAUGAAUUACUAAUAAUGAGGGAACAAAAAAGUUUUUUAAAUCAAUUGUAGUUUAGCAUUUUAAAGAAUA